AACGCCUCAAACUAACGGAGGCACACGCGGAAACCUCAUUUCAUCAUUCCAUCAAGCACAGCGCGAACCUAGGGCUUCGAGACUCAGUCCACAUUCUCUCUUCCUCCCUCGAGAAUUCUGAACUUCACUCCUCCCUCUCUCCGAUCGAGAAAUCUGAAGAUCAAGAGGAAUCUCAUUCAUCAGGAAGAUGUAGAUGCAAUUGAAGUUCAGAGACCAAAGCUUUUGCUUCUCGUUCAUUUGAAAAGUUUGAAGUGCCAUAGGUAUAGAGCUUCCCAGUCGACCAUUUCCUGGUGAGUUCUCGAUCGAUUAUGUUUAUUGUUUGAACUUUCUUUGUUGCAGUGGUAGUUGAGAACUAGGUUUUAUUUUUUGAGUACGAGAUUGAUUUUUGGAGGAGUCAGUCCACAUUUUUUAUUUGUUUGUUUAUUUUUGUGUGAUUUGAAGUCAAGUUGUUUGAUACUGUGAUGCUUGUUUUUUCAUGUGAAAAAAAAAACAGUUGACAAACACAAAUGGAUAAAGGGUGGAUAAGUCUUCCUAGGUUGCAUCCAGCAUACAUUCAAGGAGUGAAGGAUUUUGUAAAGUAUGCACGUGGAAUCAAUCCUAAUUCAAAUGAAAUCAUGUGUCCGUGUAAGAAGUGCAGGAACGUCAAAUUAGUAAAAAAGGAGGUACUAGGUGAACAUUGAAUGAUAGAUGGGUUUCUACCUAGUUACACGUGUUGGAUCUUUCAUGGAGAAUUUGUAGCAUCUCCUGUAGCUCGUACUGAGGAUAAAGGGCAGAGUGACUCAUACGAGGGCGAUGAAAUGCAUGAACUGCUUUAUGAUGCCUUUGGAAUUCCCCCAUUUGUUCCUCCUACAGAUGACACGACAGGUUCUAGUAGUAACUACGGUCCAGAUGAGAAAACAAAAAAAUUCUUUAGUUUGUUGAAGGAAGCUGAAAGAGAGUUGUAUCCAGGGUGUUUAAAGUUUUCAACCUUGUCAUUCAUUGUUCGGCUUCUUCAUAUAAAGACCCUUUCUGGUUGGACUGACGAGUCUUUCACAAAGUUGCUUGAGCUAUUGAAGGAGGCCUUCCCUAAGGGUGACACAUUACCCAAGUCCUUUUACGCAACUAGAGUUCUCCUUAAGGACUUGGGUCUCGAUUACCACAAGGUAGAUGCAUGUCCAAAAGAUUGUUCAUUGUAUUGGAAAGAUAUCGCUAAUAGAGAUAAUUGCAUAGUGUGUCAUCAUCCUAGAUACAAACAGUUUGAGAAAGAGGAGAUUGAAGCUAAGAAGAAGCAAAAAAAGAUCCCACACAAGAUUGUUAGAUACUUCCAGUUGAUUCCAAGCCUUCAAAGAUUGUUCAUGACAUCUGAAACAGCUUCAUUGAUAAAAUGGCAUGCAGCUGGCUGAACUAAUGACAGAAAAAUGAGACA